UUGCUGGGUAUGAAGAAGGGAGGGGCGGACGAAUAAAAAGGGCUGAGAUGGCGGUGGGAACAGGUGAGGCAAGGUGAAGGCCCACUCGUGAGGAGCACUGGCUGAGAUGCAGGCAGCAGCAGCCGCGGGGCCUGACGAGGAGACCAUGGGCGCCUCAACCUCCUGGGGCCUGCCCGCCCGCGUCCCAGCUCCGCACCGCGAGCCACAGGAGGCUCCAGGCCCGAACCAACUGCCCAUCGAGAUGCUCCGGAAGGUGCUGAGCUACCUGCCUCCAAGCACGCUGCUCCGGCACUGCCGCCCGGUGUGCCGGCGCUGGCGAGACGUGGUGGACGGCUGGGACCUGUGGCGGAGCAUCCUGCCUUGGAAACACCCCGACCUUUGGCCCGUCAUCAGCACCUGCCUGCCCCCUGCUGACGACCCCGGGCCCUGCAUCCUGGGCCGCUUCUGCGAGCGCAGACCCAUAGGACGCAAGCUCACCGCGAACCCCCCGGGCAAAGACCUCUGGAACUGUAUGGUGCUGAGUGGUAGCGAUAGCUCAGAGGAAGAGGAAGACUUGGGGGCCAGGCUGAAGACUCCUGGGGAGAUGAGCUACAGUCCUGCCUACAGGUGUUGGUACAAAGGAGAAAUUUUGGACCUGGAGGAGGAGGGUCUGUGGCGGGAACUCCUGGAUAGUGGAAAGAUUUGGAUUUCUGUCUGUCGCCGCUGGACAGAACAACAAGGCAGUGACCGGAUGUAUCAGCUAGUCGUCAAGCUUCUAGAUGCCAACUAUGCCAUCUUGCAUUAUUUCUUCCAUAAACGUUUUCCCGUCCGGCCACGGACAGGCAGUUUCUCCUUUCGGAUCAUGCAUGCGUUCACCAACAUCAAGAAGGGCGUCCGCUUUGUGUUGUUUGACCACAGUGUCGAGGGCUAUGAUUCGUGGCCUGAGCAGUGUGGAGUCUGCAGGCCCCAAUCCAGUGUCAUUGUACGGAUCCGUCCCUAGGCUGUCCCUGUAAGACCACCUGACCAUGCCUUCCAGGAGCUGGGACCAUUGGCCAGAGCACCUCAGUAAUCAAAAGCUUGUAGCUCCUGGCAUCCUGGGAUCUCUCCUGGGUCCAAUCAAGGGUCCUACUUGGCCCUGUCUUUAAGUUCUAUGAGAAACUACGAGAAGAACAUUCAUACAUCAGGGUUACUGACUGAAUGCAACCCCUGUUCUACGGAGUGGAGACACAUGGGUGAAAACAAGGAAGUGGUGAGAGGGCUCCUCACCCACCGCCCCCCCAAUGCCAGGCCCCUCUGGUUCGGCCCCCAUGCCUUCUGCCCUUGUCUUCUGUUUCUGCUGCAGAGGCUUCAUUGAUCACUUCCAAGAAACCCUCUCCUCGUGUCUGAACCAGAAACUCAUCCCUCUGGCUGAGUAAUUCCAGUCUCUAACCUUCUGUGGUUUCAAGACUGUGACCAGGACUCAGAGCUGAAAGUUAAACUAGCUCAAAAAAUUGUUUAGAGGCAGAGCGUUCUGCCCACCCUGUGAACAAUGAGUUUGGUCCCCAGAGCCCAACCCUAUUCUGGAUUCUAUGGUGGACAAAAUUAUUUUGUUACUUUGAAAUUCUUUUUGAAUAUGGAGAUAAUAAAUCAAGAAUGUAUCUUCCAAUCAUAGUUAAUAAAUAUAAUAUUUGCCUAAAGUAA